AUGCUUGAGGAAGAAGAAUGCAUCUAUAACUUGAUUCCCAAACCACCACCAGAAAUUGUCAAGGAGCCUCUUCAUAAAAGUAAAUUCCAAGAUCAAACAGCAUUUCUUACUGCCAAGAAAUACGGUCACGCAACAAUGGGUCUUCCUCCUGAGAAAUUAAAACAGCCACCGAGCCAGUACUUGAAGAAGGGUGAGCGUACAAAGAAAUUACCACCACGUGAACGCGUUGUUCCAAAAGGAAAUGAUGGUCUAAAUAAACCACCAGUUCCUAAAGCAACAGAAACCAUCAAAAUGAAAUCCCCAACUAAACGCAAUUAUAUUCUUGAAAACUGGAAGCAAGCACCAAAGACAAAGAAACUUCAUCCAGCUAAACCAGAGACAUGGUACACUGAUAAGCCAGAUUAUGGUGAGGUUCCUGCCUACAUGGAACGCGUUAAGAAAGAAGCAGCAGAUGAAGCAGAAUACUGGGAUAACGUUCGUGAAUCAAUGGUUCCAGAGGAUACAGAAACACGUUGCCGCCUUUUGUCAGAAGAGGAGCGCAUAGAAAUCCUCAACGGACUUUACGCAAAUCUUGCUGAAAAUAAGAAACGCUAUGCAUCUUUGUCUUUCGGACAAGAUAACCUCUCUUUCCGUCGUAAGAAGGAAGAAAUGGAAAGAGAAGCUGCUCAACUUGAAGCUGAUAUUAAGACUUUCGAACGCCCUAAUGUUUAUAUUACAGAAAAUUAG